CAGGCCCUUGCUGUGAGUCAUCAUCGGUGCCCACAAAGCUGACACAAACUCAAAGUUGAGCUCAGAAGGAAGACUUCUGCUUCCGCUGGAAAAAGAGGCUUUUGGCUUCCACGCCAUCUGCACAGAAGGCAUCGCUGAAUGGAUUGGGAAAGUCCAGUCACAUGUUUUGCCUGAGGAUACUGGAAGGCUGUAAGUUAGCAUGACUGACUUUUUGGACCAAAGCAUAUGCUUCUUCCUUCAGUGAUCUUAGCCCAAUAUCCCAAACAUGGCCGCUUAUGCCCUUGUCACGCAGAAUUUUAAAUUUGCCUCCCUCUUCUUCAAGAGUAAAGAUGUGAUGAUCUUUAACGGUCUGAUUGCUCUGGGCACUGUGGCGAGCCAGACGGCGUACAACGUUUUUGCUUUCGAUUGCCCCUGUUCCCCCGGGAGAAACUACUACUACGGCAUAGCUGCCAUCGGUGCUCCGGCUUUGGCCUUUUUCAUCGUUGGAGUCAUGUUGAACAAGAGAACUUGGGAUCUAGUGUCAGAGUGCCGCCUCCGGAGGUUCAGGAAACUGUCCACAGCAGCCGCCUUCGCCGUACUGGGGAGUAUUGCGGGUCGAGCCGUGGUGGCGCCUCUUACGUGGACCGUCCUAUCCCUGCUGCAGGGUCUGGCGUACACGUGCGCCCUAAGCGAGUUUACCGACCCCAGCAGCGUCAAGGGCUUCCCGACUGGUUACCAUUCCGAGGACAUGGCAAAGUUCCCUUGCAAGGAAAGCGUUCCGACCGAGCUGGAAAGCUUUUGGGCAGAAAUUGACCGACGUCUGAAAUAUGAGUCACAGCUGAUUGGCUGGGUGGUGGUUGCCGGAACGUCUUUGAUGGUUUUCUUAAUCAUGUGCACGAGACAUUGCUCGUCGCCCCUUGGCUACCAGCAGGAAGAAUACUGGAAGAAGUAUCGGGCCAACGAAAAGACCCUCUUUCGUCGUACGGCCGCCGUCCACGCCCAACUCAUGGCUGCAAAGUAUGUGGAGAGCUUCUUCGGUUUCGUGGCUCUGGAGAACGAUGAGAAGGAACACGUGCUGGAGCACCAGGCGGCGGCGAGUCCCAUCUGCAGCACCGAGUGGAACAGAGUGAGCGGUGUCUACCUUUACAGGGAGAAGAAUGGACUACCUCUAUACAGCCGACUUAACAAAUGGGCCACAUACAACAAGCAGAACGCCCGGGAGGAGGACUUUGAUAAAGAAAUGGAAGUGUUUGACAGUUUAAUUGCCUAGCACACGACUGCAAUCACUGCGUGCGUCUGUGUGUUUCAUUUCAAAAUGUUGCUCCUCGUGUCACAGCAACAUGGAACAUGGAACAUGGCCUGGCCUGGCCUGGCCUGGCCUGGCCUGGGCAGCUGGCUGCAUUCCUCCUCACCUUAUAUUUGAAAAUAUGCUGUCCACAGCUUUGAGUUGUAUUUAUGAUGUGCCGAUAUUUGAUUUGUUGUCAUAGCAUUGCCAAAGUGACGAUUGAUAAUGAGAAUGGUGUUGAACGGGCUGCGGCCGGCGCAGACUACACUCGAUGCAGAGGAUGAUGCUAUUUGUGUGAGUAGCAGCCAAUUAGCAGCAGGCCUUCCCAUUCUUCAAUUAGUCACUCACUCAACUGAAUGCACGUCUACUACGUAUGUCCUUAGUCUUAACAAGCAUUGAAAUGAAAGCAUGCUUACAGUACACUUUUGUCUUGUGCUGUCUGAAGGCUUGGUGAAAGAAAAUACAUAUAAAUACGAAGGAACUGC